CUGAUAUCUUUUUUAUUUUUAUUUUUGUUUUUGCCUACGGGAGAAGAAGAAGCAGUAGCAGUAGCAGUAGCGAAUAAGCAUUAAUAAUUAUUCCGAUAAUUAUAACUUAUUCUCCAUUUUUAUCCUCGUCUUAUUCCGCCCCUUUGUUUGCCUCUAUUUGUGAGAUUAGGGCUUCGUGUUCUUCCUCGCUUCGCCUCCGAAAGGGAGAUCGGAGAGAUCGAGAACCAUAGGAGUAGGGUUUCGAUUACGGUGGUUACGUUUUUCGUAGGGGUUUCUUUGAUCGGGGAGAUCGCGGGGGGGAGCGGCGGCGGCGAUGGCGGAUUUCCGGCAGAGGGAGGCGGAUCUCGAGUUCCGGCGAGAGUUGGAGGAGCUCGUCCGCGGUCACCUCGACGGGUGCAUGGGAGCGGCGCUCUCGACGUCCUCGUGCGGCGUGAGCGGGAGCGACGACGAGGGCGAGUACUCCCACGGCGGCGAUGGCGGCGGCGGAGGAGGAGGAGGAGGAGGGGGGGACGGGAUAGCGCGCCGGAGGCGGAGGUCGGACCUGGAGGCGGAGGAGAUGAUCACGACCAUGGAGCGCCGGAACCGCGAGUCGGAGCUCAUGGCGCUCGCGGGGCUCCACACCGUGUCGAUGCUCGAUUCGUCCUUUCUCCGGGAGCCUCGGAGGUCCCCGUCGUCGUCGGUGGUGGAGCGGCCCGUGGCGGCGCGGGCGCCGUCGAUCCUCCAGAUGUGGCGGGAGCUCGAGGAGAUGUCGGCGGCCAGGGAGGGGAGGGUCGGUUCUGCCGUUUCCGGUGAUCGGAGCCGCCCCAAUCGGCGAGAAAACAAUGCCGGAUCGGAGGUUGCGAGCGAGAGCGAGUAUGAUAGGCACAGCCAGUGGGAUCACAGAACCAUGCAACCGUCGCGGGGUGAAGAGGAGGAUCAGGGGUCUAGCAGGGAGCAAUCUCCCGACAUUGGCGACGCAGAGCAGGAGAGGGAAAGGGAGCGGGAGCGGGAGCGGGAGCGGGAGAGAGUGAGACAGAUAGCUCGCGGAUGGAUGGUGGAAACCGGCGCGGCGGACGGGGCAACUAGGGCAUCGCCGAGGGAUGAGUGGCUUGGCGAGAUCGAGAGGGAGAGGGUGAGGUUGGUGAGGGAGUGGGUUCAGAUGGCGAGCCAGCAGAGAGACUCCCGGCCUAGUAGGAGGGAAGCGAGAGAGAGGGAGAGGGAGAGGUUGGGUGCGGAUCAGGAGGACGGCCCUCCGGAGCUUAGGGCGAGGGAAUUGCCGAGAAUUCGCGGGCGGCAGGCUCGGCUUGACCUGAUCAUGAGGAUGGCGAGAGAGAGGCAGAGGGAGCUUCAGAGCUUGUCGGAGCAUCGGUCUGUCUCCGACUUUGCCCACCGUAAUCGCAUUCAGGCACUACUUAGAGGUAGAUUCCUAAGAAAUGGGAUAUCAACUGAGGAGGAGAGGCCGCAAUCUGUGGCUGCAAGAGAAUUGGGCCAGCUAAGGCAGCGGCAUCGUGUCUCUAGUUUGAGAUUGGAGAACAUUGUUCGUGGCCAUGCUGUUAACCAAUCAGAUGAUACGGCCGCUCAAAAUGUUGAUCUUUCUACAAACGAUCAAUCUCUACCAACCAGUGAAGUCGAAAUUUCCACUGACAACCAGGAGAUAACCCUACCCAGUAGCGAGAAUGUUGAUAUGCAAGAGGCUGGGAUGAAUGAUAGGGUACAGAUGGCUACAACUGCUGGGCUAGAAAUAAACACUUCAUAUGAUAGUGGAACUUACAUGGAGGAGCCUCCAGGGCAAGCAGAAAACUUGCAGGAAGAAGAACCUGAACAGGAGAGAGGAUUCUGGCGACAACCUUUUGCAGAGGGUUCUGAGCAGUGGCAGGAAGAGAAUGGUGAGCAAUCCGGUGGGGACUGGCAGGAGAAUGUAGAGCAGGCCUGGGCCCGUGAAACACCGCAAGAUGAUGGUGGAGAAGACGAUCACCUUCAAGAAGUGCAUGAAGAAUGGCGUGAUGAUGAAUCUCAUGAUACUGUUGAUAACUGGCAGGAAGACCGAUUAGAACCCUUAACUAGAAGAGUAAAUGAGUUUAUCCCACCUGACGAUGAUAAUGUCUAUAGCAUGGAGCUGAGGGAACUCCUAAGCCGGCGAAGUGUUUCAAAUCUUCUUCAUAGUGGUUUCCGUGUAAGUUUGGACCGCUUAAUACAGUCUUAUAUCGAAAGGCAAGGUCGUGCUCCUCUAAACUGGGGUCUGGAGAGAACCUUGCCCACCCCUGACUUACCAGAGGAAAAUGGAGAGCAGCAAAGAGAUUUUGAAAACCAGGAGCUUCAGGAUUCCAUCAACGUGCCGCCUGUUGGAAUUCCGCCUCCACCUUUGCCACCUCGACAGCCACUGUGGCACACAGGGCUGCAUCGUAACAACUGGGCCAGGCAACGUAUUCAUCGUUCAGAAAUUGAAUGGGAGGCCAUUAAUGAUUUGAGGGCCGACAUGGCUAGACUUCAACAAGGGAUGAGUCAUAUGCAAAGGACGCUCGAAGCUUGCAUGGAUAUGCAGCUCGAAUUGCAGCGUUCAGUUAGACAGGAAGUUUCCGCAGCUUUGAAUCGCUUUGCAGGAGAAGGUCAUAUUGAGGAAUCAUCUGAGAAUGGAUCAAAAUGGAGCCACGUCAGAAAGGGGACUUGUUGUGUAUGCUGUGAUACCCAAAUUGAUUCUCUUCUGUACAGAUGUGGGCACAUGUGCACUUGUGCGAAAUGUGCGAACGAGUUAGUCCGUCGGGGAGGUAAGUGCCCGCUGUGCCGUGCGCCCAUUGUCGAGGUCGUCCGAGCGUAUUCCGUACUGUGAAAAGUUCAUAAAAACAGUUCUAUAGUAAGGAAAGGGAAUAAUCUACUGCGGCGUGAAAGUUUUGUUCAUGGAAGCUGUCCAGUGCCUUUCCUUCCUUCUGUAUUUAUUAUAUAGGUGCUCUGUAAUUUCUUGCCUCUGUCGUUCUUGUGCUUGGAACGUGAAAAUGUUUCGAGUCUCAUUACAAAUGGCAUCUCUUUCUUUUUCUUUUGAUGGAUCUGACCUAAAAAGAAAGUGAAAAAGGAAAUUCAAUAUAAAUUUGUUAAUUGUAUUCAUCAUCAAUGGACUUUCCAAAUGGUACAUUACAGAGGUUGCGAAAUCUAUCCGGGUGCAGGAGAGACCCAAUCUUA